GCGCGCGCGUUUCGCCGCCAGUUAGUCCUUGCUCCUGCCGAGGACAUGUUUUGGAUCCUGCGAAGGACGAAGCUUACGAGCGCGGCCGCGUUACUCAACACACUCAACAACAACAACAGCGAAAAUCGUCCUGCAAGAAAGAAUUACAAUAAGCUGACAGGAGAAGACGUUUCCAGGCUCAAGACUGACCAUCUCGAUAAUGUGGAAGCCUGCAAAGAGCAAGGCUGUACAACGCAUGAUCCGAAUAACGAGACAGAUACAGAUUCAGAUUUUACAGAUAUAGAGCUAGAUGAUAGGGAUGAUUUUUCGGACGAUUCCGAUUACGAUGAGGCUCUAACUUGCAACGUCUGCGAUAGGACCUUCUCGUGCCCCAAGCAGUUGUCGUCACAUAAACAGAAGAAGCGACAUUUUGGGUGCUCUGCUUGUGACAGUCUUUUCCCAUCACUGAUGGCUCUUGAACAUCACAAGGAAGAGUUUGAGCACUGGUCAGGCGAUGAAGAUAUUUGUACAGAUUCGGAAGAUGACGAUGAAACUGUCAUCAGUGAAGAAUGCGAACGACUUCUAUAAAGGAAACCUAGAACCAACCUUCCAUUUUUAGACGACCAAAUUACGUUUGAUAUUCAUUUGUAGGAUUAAUCCAAUUGUAAAUAUUUAUUUUUGCAAUGUUGUGAUUGUAAGAUGAUUGAGCAUAUCCUUUGUAAGAGAACGUUUGUAGAAAAUCUAUCAACCAAAAAUUAUUUUUAAUUGAAUAAAAAUUUAACUCCUG